GCGCCGGGGGAGCCGCGCACCCUGCGGGUCCGUACCGGAAAGGGCUGGGGCUGGGGCAGCGGGUCAGAGGGCGGCGGGGGGCGUUCCUGCUGGCGGGCCCUGACCCGGCUGCGCUCGGCAGAGCUCCGGGGUAUCCGAGGAGGAGCUGACCAAGACGAUGGAGGGCCUCGGGCUGGAGGACGGGGAUGGCGGCGAAGGGACCCUCUGGCCCUUCAUGCAGAGCAUCAUGCAGAACCUCCUCUCCAAAGACGUGCUCUACCCGUCCCUCAAGGAGAUCACGGAGAAAUACCCGGAGUGGCUACAGAGUCACCGAGACUCCUUGCCCAAGGAACAGUACGAGAAAUACCAGGAGCAGCACAACAUCAUGGGGAAGAUUUGUGAACAGUUCGAGUCUGAGCUGCCGACGGACGGUGACACAGAGCACAGGGCACGCUUUGAAAUGGUCUUGGACCUGAUGCAGCAGCUCCAGGACCUGGGACACCCUCCCAAGGAGCUUGCAGGAGAGUCGCCUCCUGGCCUGAACUUCGACCUUGAAGGACUGAAUCUGCCCGAUGCUGGAGGCGCUGGAGGCGAGCAGUGCCAGAUUAUGUGACCUGCUCCUGUGCCAAGGGAACGGAGGAGCCGGGAGGGUGCUGUGGUGGGGCGAGGUGUUUUUUCCCCUCUCUUUUCUGUCAUCACCAGGUGCCUGAGGCUGGGCUGCCUUUGCUAAAUAUGGCACGUGUUUGUUUUUUUUGCACGGAUCCCACGAGGGAUUUAGCAAGCCAGAGUGAUGUUGCCUUGAGGUCAGGUACCCGGCCUUUCCUCUUGGCUCCUGAAAAGGCUAACUGCACUGGAGUGCCCAAGGGACGUCUCUUCCUUCCUGCCCUGGGUUGAAGGAUAGGCUCUCCGGAUGGGACGGGGUGGUUGUUGGUGAAACUAGUCAGGCAAAGGGAGGAGGCAGCGACUCACGAGAGAGUCCUCUGGGUUAACAGAGACCUUUUCCAUCCUCUCCGAAAGGCCACAGCUCUGCUGCUCCUUUGUGGCAGCUCUGGCAGCGGCGCUCUCUUUGGAGACCCACAGCUUAGAUCUGCAACAAGCUGCCCCUUCCCUUGAGCCCCAGCAGGUCGUGGUCUCUGAAUCAGCCAGAGGCCACACUUCGACAAUGGCUGGCAGGCUGACCAGCUCCCUGUACUUGCCCACAGCUGUUCCUGCUCAGCUUGGGGCUUCCAGCUGUUCCAGGCCAGCUGUUUCCUUGGGUUUUUUUGCUGCAGGCCAGAGUAUUAAUAUUCCCCUGCUGUAUGUUAACGCUAUUGCUUCACGAGAACUGCCUGCACAGGGAGACGGCUGGGGAGCAAGCUGCCUGCAGGAAGGAGAGCUGCUCUCCUUGGCUGUGUCUGGCCGAAUUUAACAUGGGUUUGGGAAGGGUAAUUCUUGAAAUAAAAGUGGAGGUCGAUGGUU